AUCGAGUAUCUGUGAGAUGUGCUGGAGAAACAAGUCCGAUACCUUGGAGGUCCAACCUUGCAGGACACCUUCAGAGAUCUUGUGGAGUCCAUGCCUCGAUCGGUCAGAGCUGUUGUGGCGGCACAAAGGGAACCUAAACAAUGUUCGGCAGAUGGUUUUAAUGUUGUGGCAGCAUCACCUUGAGACAUCAGAGAAUGCAAUGGACUUUGAAACUGCUGAAAGUACCCGUGGCUGCAGGAAUGAGAUAAUGCACAGAAAGGACCUUAAUCUUCAGGAGGAAGAAAUAGAUUCCGACGACUUUUCCGAAGACGGUCAGUCCAAACAGAAAGCCGAGAAGCGCAGAGCCAAGAAGAAGAGACAGCGGGAGCGGAAAAAGCUUGAAAAGAAAAAACAUCUUGAAGAAAAUGAGCAGGUAGUUACAGAUGUGCAUACAGAACCGGAGUGGGAUGUAAACAGUGCAUUUGUUGCCAAUGCUGCCAGUCACAUUAGACCAAAGACCAGGAGCAAACUUGACAAGAAGCAUAAUGCUAACAAAGAGAAUGAAGAGAAGGCACAAGAGGAUGACUGCACGGAUUCUUUGAUCCAAAGAGGCCAAUAUCUUGCCGAACAAGGUAUUAAUUCAGUGGAAGACGGAAACUACACCAAAGCGAUUGCACUGUUUAGUGAGGCUAUCAAAUUGGAUCCUAAAGAUUACAGGUACUUUGGAAAUCGUUCCUAUUGCUACGAGCAGCUGAAGCUUUACCCCAAGGCGCUGGUGGACGCUGACGUCUCCAUACAGCUUUCUGCCGCUUGCCCCAAAGGCUAUUUCCGGAAGGGCCGAGCUCUGAGAGGCUGCAAUAGGUAUGCGGAGGCGGAAAGAGCGUUCAGAAUGGUGCUACAGCUGGACGAAGGAUGCGAGGAGGCUCUGAAAGAAAUACAUACAUGUCAGAUUCUGCAACUCCUGGAUCAUGGUUUUACCCAUGAGCAGAGUAUCAGCUUACUGGAGGAGUAUGAAUCUGUCGCUGCUGUCAUGGAGGCUCCGGUUUCUGCUAAAGUCUUGCAGGAGAACGUGAACCUGCAGGAGAUGGGAGAAGAGGAGCUGCUGUUUGGGAAUGAAUUGUCGGAGACCCAGAGUUGUUCCUUGUGGGUAGGAAACAUCACGGAUCAGAUAACGGAAAAGCAGCUGAGGGACCUGUUUAAAUUUUAUGGUGAAAUUCAUAGCAUUCGGCUCCUCGGUGAACGGUUUUGCGCGUUUGUUAACUUUAAGUGCCCUAUUGCUACAGCCAAAGCACUGGAGGCGCUGCAGGGCAAAGAAAUUGAGAACACGCGGUUAUUAAUUCGAUACCCGGACAAGCCUUACCGACCCUCAACUGUUAGCACAUCGGAAGCACAAACAAAGGCAGCUGUAAUAAAUGCAAAGAGGAAAGUAACUGCCAAAACCAAUGAAUGUUAUUACUGGAGAUCCAGCGGGUGCAGUUAUGGAGAGAAGUGCCGCUACCGCCACAUACCGGAGAACAAGGGUGUAGACCGGAAGCCCUGGAAAUCCUGAUCCAUCUUGCCCGGUGGCCUCUUAUUUUAUUUAUUUGCUCUUGGAUAAUACCGAGGGACAAAGUAAGGAUUGCAGUGUUUCAAGUGCACUUUUUAAAAUGGAGCAUCACAGGUACCCCAGCGGUACCAUCCCUCUCCUAUGAAGAUCUCCUAAGCUAAGGGUCUGGAUGUCCAUCUCCUUCUCUUGCCUGGAACGGCUGCCUCAGUUUUCCUUGGUAAACCACGGAAAGCGGAGUAUGGAUCGGAGCUUGCACUUUAUAUUGGACUGCGCAGACUAUGCCAGCUGUUACAGACCAUAGGGAAAUACGUGCUGGAAUCCAGCCGACAUGGACUGGGUGUGGAGACCCCGCGAGCCGAGGAUUUCCAGGUUUCUAAAGCAUAGCUCCAAGGAGGCCAUUGCAUUCAUCAGCCGCUGCAGAAAUCAUGGGCAGGCGCGGAGCUGUAUCACCUGAGCCAAAUGUUGAUUUUUUUUUAAAUCUAGCAUAAUUGUUCCAGCUGGCAGACGCAGCAUGCGAACGGUGUCUGAUGAGGACCAAAAUGUCAUGCCUGCUGUGUAUAAACAACCAUGGUGGGAAAAGGCUGUUACUACAGCCUUGGUUGUGCCUUAUUUUAUACUGAUUUUUCUAUUUUUAACACUUUGAGUAUUCACACUGUAUUACAGAACGGAAGUGUUUACGUCGCCAUUGUUAACUUUCCAUUACAUCAUUAGCCCCAAAAACGUUUACUCCUCUAGUAUUACUGUUACGCCAACAAGAUUGUGUGCC